AUGGGUUGGCCUUACAAAAUAGUCCUCGAGCUCACAGAAGAGCAAAAGCACGAGCGACGUACGCUCCUCGAUCGAUAUGGCGUGUACGCGCAGCUAUCCGUGCUCAUCCCAAUCUUAUGCUACCAGCUCUACCGAUUAGCCCUCUGGGUCUCAUUUGCGAGGCAGAGGUCGAAGGUUAGGUAUUCUGAGGUUCCAAGUUCGCCGGUUUCGAAGCGUGAAAGGGAUUCUAGGAGGGGGGGUCUGGUCACGAAGUGGAGAGAAGUUAAGUGGUGGUUGGGAGGAGAGAUUGCGAAGGGUUGGGGAAUUCGAGGUCAAUGGGUUGUUGGGAUUACUUGGUCGUGUCAUUUAUUGUAUUUGUGUGUGAAAGAGACGGGUGAUGAUUACCUCCAUAUUACCAAGCGAUUCGGGGUGAUAGCAGCUUCCCAGCUACCAUUACACUACAUGCUCUCUAUGAAGUCGCUCCACUCACCGCUGGCACUCGCCUUCAAAGCCUCCCACGAAGAUCUCAACCGAUGGCAUCGAGUCUCCGGCCGAGUUAUAUACGGUAUCCUAGUCUGCCACGCAUCAUGGUAUAUGAACUUCUUCGUCCAAGUAGGGGUCCUACAAAAGCGUCUCGCAGCUCCUGUUGUCAUCAUUGGCGUACUUGGCUUUUCAAUGCUCACUCUCCUCGUCACAACAAGUCUAGAAACCGUCCGCAGAUGGAGCUACAGAGCCUUUUUCGUAUGCCAUCUUGUCAUAGGAGUCACUCUAAUGCCACUCCUCUUCUUCCACGCUAAGCCAUUGCGAAUAUACGUGGUCGAGGCCCUGGCAUUAUUCGUCUUUGACAUUGUAUGCAGAAAGCUCGACACAUUUACAGGAUUCGCAACUGUCACAGGAAUUCCCAACACCAAGCUCGUCAAGCUCACCAUCCCAGUCCCGCAGUCCAAGAUUCACAGGUUUGCAGCUUCUCCAGGCCAACACGUCUACUUGCAAAUCCCAGCGGAGAGCACACCAGCAAAGACAAGUUCUCCGUCCAUCCAUGACCUCUGCUACAACCCAUUUACCGUUGCGUCCGUCUCGGAGAACGGGGUAACUCUCGUACUACGUACAUUGAAGGGCCCAACGACGAAAGCACUUGAUAAUCUUUCUCGUUUAAAUAAAGCCCGCCCACCUCUCAAUAUCGAGGGCCCCCUAGGGUCAAGUCGGCAUUUCCCGAACCUGGCGAGAGACUAUGACAGGAUUGUGCUGGUGGCAGGUGGUGUAGGCGCCACCUUCAUCAUGCCGAUUUACACUUCUCUGAAAGAGCAGCUUGUUACUGAAGGCAAGAGUCCAGACCGAGCGACGUUCGCUUGGUCGAUGCGGUCGACUGCCGAAGCUAGCUGGGCGAUUGAUGCUGAAGCUGGAGAUGCUCUGCCUGAAGACGACAAUCUGAAGAUAUAUCUCACGAGUGGGUUUCUCGCUGAGGAAAAUCAUGGUGAUGAAGAACUCUUGCCUGUAGAUGGCAGCGUGGAAAUGGCAGAUUUGGCGAGAGAUGAUGAAAUCAAGGGUAUUAGGGUCACAGGAGGGAGGACAAGGCCAGAUUUGAAGGGGAUUGUGAAUGAGGCGUUCAGGAUGGGAAGGGAAGAGCGGGUGGCUGUUCUUGUUUGUGGGCCAAAGAGUAUGGCGAGGGAGUUGAGGAAGCAUGUCGGGGUGUGGGUUAAAAGGGGAAGGGAGGUUUGGUUUCAUGACGAGAGUUUUGGGUGGUGA